UCGAUGAUCCUUGGCACACAGAAUUUGAAACUGCUGAGACGCUUCUAAAUUCAGAAGUGCACAUGCUUCUUGAGCAUCGUAAACAACAGAACGAGAGUGCUGAGGAUGAGCAGGAGCUCUCUGAAGUCUUCAUGAAAACUCUGAACUACACGGCUCGCUUUAGCCGCUUCAAAAACCGAGAGACCAUUGCCAGUGUCCGUAGUUUGUUGCUCCAGAAAAAGCUCCAUAAAUUUGAAUUGGCAUGUUUGGCUAAUCUGUGUCCCGAGACAGCUGAGGAGGCCAAGGCUUUGAUUCCCAGCCUAGAGGGCCGGUUUGAAGAUGAAGAGCUACAACAGAUUCUUGAUGAUAUUCAAACCAAACGAAGCUUUCAGUAUUAGGGCUAAUUACAAGCCCUUAUUAUGAAAAGGAAAAUCCGAGAAUUUCUGAUGUCUCUGUGCAUACCUGUCAAUCUAGCUAGCUCCAGGACAGAGGAAAGAAGAGUUCCUGAUGCAGAGUACUUGAGCCUUGGGUCCCACAUGGACACAUUCAAACCGGGGACCAUUCUUUGGCUUCAUGAAUAUUAUAAACUUGGCAAAGACUCAUUUGUGGUGAGAGCCAUGGAAUCCUGGAAACUCCUGUCUAGGUGGUUUCAAUACUUGUUUCUCCUAGCUCCCUGUCUCUGCCAUGGGACACUUCAAAUUGUUUUGGCUACAGGGCCUAGAAUAAGAAUAGGUGUAAUUUCUCUUUCUUAUGAACUCCAGUUAUUUAAGAUGGAGAAAUUUUGUUGCCAUUGGUUGUUGGAAAUCUUAGUAGUUUGUAGAAUCAUGGUUAAUAAGAUUCUAAGUGUCUUUUGAAAUGCUAGUUCAUUAUUUUUUUUUCUCUUUAAAAGUAUAUGUUCAUUGUGAAUUAAAAUGUGAAGUUUCUUAUUAUA